AUGCAGAGGGCCCUCUUCUCCAACGCGCGAAUUUACCACUUCCUAAAAGUGGAGAGGAGACACGGGGGGACGUCCCUGCUGACCAAAAUUGGACAGUCAUUCAACCAGGAAAGUUUAAGAAAUGCGAAAAUAAAGUUAACUAACUAUGGAAAGAGCAUCUCACCAAACCAACUGGGAAAGACAAACAGCAGUACUGGAGGAGCAAGCGGAGGAAGUGGCAUAUUCCAACACUUUAUAGAUAUAUUUAAAAAAAAAACAAACGUAAAGGAUAGCCCCCAAAGUAGUGACAAAAACGAAAAAAAGGAAAAGGAGUUUUUUGAAUACUACAUAAAAUGCUUGAUGAAGUAUGAAGGAAUUUUCACAUAUCGAAAAUUUCAAUCAAAAGACCUGUGUGACUAUUUCAACGUCUUUGGCUUGACAUAUAAAUAUAAAAAAAAGAUGAAUCCACAAUUGGAGAAAUUAAAGAAGCAGUACGAAGUUAUGAAUUCAUUUUUACCUUACGAGCUGGACUCGGAUGAUUGCAAAAUAUUUCACGAGGAGAGUAAAAAGUACAUAGCUCAGUCGUGCAACGUCGAUGUUAAUUUCAUUGAUGAGUUACUACUUUUUCACGAUUC